GCCUGCAGCGCGCGGGAAGCGGCGCGCGCGGCGGCGGGAGCUGGCGGCUCCGGGGGCUGAGCGCGUCCCUGCAGCUUUCCUCUGUCUUUGGAGAAAGAACCGUCCCCGAGGAACUGUGUUCUGCCCCUCGAAGACUCAAGAGGAUGAAAGUCAUCACUUGUGAGAUCGCCUGGCACAACAAGGAGCCGGUGUACAGCCUGGACUUCCAGCACGGAGCCGCCAGCAGGAUCCACAGGCUGGCCUCUGCGGGGGUGGACACCGCUGUCAGGAUCUGGAAAGUAGAAAAAGGACCAGAUGGAAAGGCCAUUGUUGAAUUUUUGUCCAAUCUUGCUCGCCAUACCAAAGCUGUCAAUGUCGUGCGUUUUUCUCCAAAUGGGGAAAUGUUGGCAUCCGGAGGGGAUGAUGCUGUCAUUCUGCUGUGGAAGGUGAAUGAUAACAAGGAACCGGAACAAAUCGCUUUUCAGGAUGAGGAUGAGGCUCACCUGAACAAGGAGAACUGGACUGUCGUAAAAACCCUGAGGGGCCACUUAGAAGAUGUGUAUGAUAUUUGCUGGGCAACCGAUGGGAAUUUAAUGGCUUCUGCCUCUGUGGAUAACACGGCCAUCAUAUGGGAUGUCAGUAAAGGACAAAAGCUCUCAAUAUUUAAUGAACAUAAAAGUUAUGUACAAGGAGUAACCUGGGAUCCUUUGGGUCAAUAUGUUGCUACCCUGAGCUGUGACAGGAUCCUGAGGGUGUACAGCACACAGAAGAAGCGUGUGGCUUUUAAUGUCUCAAAGAUGCUGUCUGGAGUAGGGGCUGAAGGAGAGGCGAGGAGUUACCGGAUGUUCCAUGACGACAGCAUGAAGUCGUUCUUCCGUCGGCUCAGCUUCACCCCUGAUGGGUCUUUGCUCCUCACACCAGCUGGAUGUGUGGAAUCCGGUGAAAAUGUAACGAAUACAACGUAUGUUUUCUCCAGGAAAAAUCUUAAAAGGCCCAUCGCGCAUCUUCCGUGUCCCGGGAAGGCGACGCUCGCUGUCCGCUGCUGCCCUGUCUUCUUUGAGCUGAGGCCGGUGGUGGAAGCAGAGCCAGUCGUGGAGCUGGUGAGCCUGCCCUACCGCCUGGUGUUUGCUGUGGCUUCCGAAGACUCUGUGCUUUUGUACGAUACCCAGCAGCUGUUCCCGUUUGGUUACGUGUCUAAUAUACAUUACCACACCCUGAGUGAUAUUUCCUGGUCCAGUGACGGGGCCUUCCUGGCCAUUUCUUCCACGGAUGGCUAUUGUUCCUUCGUGACAUUCGAGAAGGAUGAGCUUGGAACUCCCUUGAAAGAGAAGCCAGCUCUGAUUAUGGGAACUCCUGAUACAGCAAGGAAAGCCAAGAGUCAGACACACCCAGGGGCUUCGCCAGGACCCAGGCUGGGAGAGGGAACUCCCACCAGCAGAGCCCAGGACCCCAGCAGCCCUUCUGCAACACCCCCUCAGGCAAAACAGUCUCCGGCCCCCACGGCGGUCAAGGACACCCCUGCUGCGACCACUCCUGGUGCCAGAGGCUCCCCGGCAGGGCCCUCGGAGGAGAAGACCCCGCAGCCCAGCAGUCAGAAUGUGAAAGCCCACCCGUCCCGGAGGGUCACUCUGAACACACUGCAGGCCUGGAGCAAGUCAACACCCCGGAGAAUAAACUUAAUACCCUUAAAGACAGAUGCUCCACCGAAUUCUCUACCAACCACCAUAAUUUCCAGCCCUUCCACAGAAGAAAUUCAAUCAGAGACGCCUGGAGACCCUCAGGUCAGCCCUCCAGAGCUGAAGCGGCCCAGACUUAGUGAGCACAAAGAAGGUCCCCAAGGUCUGGACCCUUGAUGAGACCUGCCAUGUGCCUGAAGGCUGCUAGGUCUGGGGACCCCCGUGUGCCCAGUGCCCGAGGCCGAAGACACCUGAGACCAGUGGCAUCAGACGGAGCCUGACGGACACUUGGAAAUGGAUUCUGUAGCAGAAGAUGCACAUGGACUGAUUUUCUCCAGAAAUAUGUUGGCUCUUGUAUUCAGUACACAUUUUUACCUCGGAGAUGCGAACAUUUUAAUAGACUAAAGUCUUUUUUUGGUGAGUUUCUGAGGCUGGAACAGUUCAGCGUUAUCUAACGUGAAAGUCAGUAAAUCCCCCUUGGAAUACUUGUAUGAAAGUACGGACAAUUUAUGGGCAGAUUACUUCUACAGCUGGAAUUAGGGGAGAGAGUGAUUUGAGGAGCUUUAUUCUGUUGAAAUUGAAUGCUUGAUGAUUAGAUCACCUUAGCCUCUAAAUAGUCGAUUAACUUUUAAAGUUUGUUAUGUUUGCUUUCUGAUUUUAAAGGUGGUAAAAUGCUCAUUCUGGAAACUGAUAAAUGAGUGGAAAAAAACGGGCUGGAGGCGGAAAGCAGCCGUCUCACCACCGGAGAGAACCCUUGUCACUGUUGGCAUAUUUCCUUAAAAUUUAUGUUUUUAUUAAUGUUAUUUUAUUUUGGGGAGGGGGGGAGAGUUAAGAUUUUACUUUAGAUACAGUUUGGUAUCCAAAUAGGUUAACUUCUUAGGUGAUUUUUCACAGCAAAAAAUAUCUUUACUUAGCAGUCUAUGCCUCUGCUCUCUCUGGUCCCUGGGAUGCUGGCACGGUCCUUUCCCUCUUGGAGGUAGACUUGUGGGCUGAGACGUAUGCGGUGCUGUCACCGCAGGAGGCAUCACACGUAUGGAGUCUCCUCUUGGCGCAGGAGACACUGGGUGACGUGACCGAGAGGUGGCAGCGGGUGGAGCCCUAGGAGCCGGCGCGGCUCCUUCACGUUGAGGGGAGUUUGCAGGUGAUGUGGUGGUGCUCGAUGCUGUCCCACUGGCACGGGGACCACGAGGCAUCUCACAGGUGAGGCUACACCAGGGUCCCUCCCCGUCUGAACUAGAUCAGAGGGCGAGUUCAGGACCCGCAGAUCCAGGCUCUGGCAGGGAGCCACUGAGGUGGGAAGAACACACUCUCCUCAGCUCAGGUCAGCAGCAAGGCUGAGAGCUGGAAAGAAGCGUCACCGUGUUGCUUAAUCCGUGACCUAGUCAACCGGAGAAAGAGUCUGCCUUCUUCUACGUGGGAAAGCGGCAAAUGGGAUGAUUCCCGGUGUGGAGAGCUGGCAGGGGAAUCCAUGCAGAGUUGUACUGAGGCAGGUGUGGGUCACGUCCAACAUGAAGACAUUUUAAAGUGUCAGAUAGCAGGUGUUUUGACCAGUGGUUCUCAACCUUGAAGUUACCCAAGGAACUUCCAGACAUCGACGCCUGGGUCCCGCCCUCCUUGGUCUGGGGCACAGUCUGAGCACCAGGAUUCUUUAUGGCUCCUCAAGUGAUCCAACACACAGCCAAGACGGGGAAACCUUGAGAGGAAAGCUUUCCCCGGAGAUGGUCUCUGCUGGUAAAUGCAUUUACACCGAAAGCUUUUUCUGGCUUCUUCUCUAGUUCAUCACUGGCAGCAAAGCUUCCUUACCAGGGCUGCCAGACCGGAAGGAUCAUGUAUGUGAGAUGCUGUCAGCUCUUCAGAGGAAAAAGGUCUUUGUAAAUUUCCUGUGCCUGGAGCAAGGUGUAUUUCGUAGGGCUUGAUCCCUGUGCAAACAGGAGUGGUUGUGGGUCCCAUGCCUCUGAGCGGCCAGCACCCCGGCCACCCCCAGUGGAGGGGCCACAGGAAUGGAUGGGAGGGGGCGGGCGCACCUUCAGCUGAAGUGGGUGUUUAUAGGCACAAUUAUCUGUUUGUUAGCUAUCACCUUGACUAUAAAUUAGAGACUCGGCAAUAAAAGCCCAGGUGGUAUCACCUCGGUGUCCUGAUCCAAAGCUGCCUGCUUGCAUCUGGGUAGUGACCAGGGAAGCCUCCUGCGACAGGAGCCUCGCCUACCGGGGGCGGGCAGGGUUCCCUCUUAGCGUGGGAACUUGCUCACCAUCCUCAGUCUGUAGUUGGAUGGGGUUUGUGUCUGAAUCCCGGCUGCCAGGUAGGGAGACGCAGCUGAG